AUGUCCAAUCCACCCAUACCCGCAGAUGCUCCAUUCGACCAGCCCUCGGCGGACAUCGUCCUCCGCAGCGCAGACCACGUCGACUUCCGCGCCCACCGCGUCAUUCUCGCUCAGGCAUCCCCCUUCUUCGCCGACAUGUUCUCCCUCCCCCAGACAUCCCCACCAGACGCAUCUGCACUGCCGGUUGUCGACAUGUCUGAGGACAGCAAGACGCUCCGUCGGCUCCUCCUCCUCUGCUACCCAGUCGAUAAGCAGGAGCUCGACUCGGUCGCCGACAUCGCCCCUGUCCUCGCGGCGGCGCGCAAGUUCGACAUGGAGUGGCCGAUCAGGCUCCUCGCGCGCGACCUGGAUGCAUCUCUGUCCCGCUCACCACUCCACGCGUGGGCAUGCGCAUGUCGGAGUGGGCUCGAGGACGUCGCGCGCCGGGCCGCAGAGGAGAUCAAGCGUCGCGUGUCCUCAAAAGCCGCCGAGACGGAGGACCCGGACCCGGAUUCGUGCAUCGCGCUGCUCCCUACGCUGCGCGCUGCUCUGGAAGAGGAAGGGCUGACGGACGUUCUCCAGGGAGUCAGCGGUGGCGCUUACUUCCGCCUGCGCGAGUACGUCCGCGAAGCAUCGCCGCUCUUCUCAAUCGGCCCUGGGUCGAUCUCGGCUGUGGCUGAUGAGCCGCCGCCGGAGAGGAUUCGUCCCGGAUUCCUUCCACCUUACCCUCCUCCCGACGCCACGAUCUUGUGCUCGGACGGCGUGCUCGUCGAGGCCCACGAAGUUAUAAUUGCGCUCCGUCUCCCUGGAAUCUCCAUCGCGACCCCCGGGCAGGGCACCUACACCCUCGAUGCCCCCUCGACUGCGCUCGUCGACAUCCUCACGCUCUGCUACCGCGGCAAGAGCAACGCACCCGCCCACGGGACCGACAUUGACGGCCUCGCGUGCGUGCUAGCCGUGUGCGAAAAGAGCCCGAUGGACGCGCAGAUGUUCAACGCUCCUCGGAAGCUAUGGGACAAGUGUGUCCAGACCGACCCUUUCCGAGCGUACCUCGCGGCAGCGAAGCGCGGCCUUGGGGAAGAGGAUGUCCGAGUUGCGGCACGCAAGACCCUAGCAAUCACUCUCCUUGGAUUGUACACAGAACAGUUGGAGGAUGCCGAAGCGAUGGUGUACGAGCGACUCCUGAAGUAUCAUCAUGACGCCUCUAUUGCCGUCGUUGGUGUCCUCGCGCAAGAGGGCGAUAAUUGGAGCCACAAGCUGUUGGGUCGUUUUCGUAUCCAUGACAAUUUCCCAGAAACAGCGCUCCCCAUGACCCCUGCACGGCUUAUAAAGGACGCCACGCGCAAGUUGUCCGUAGGACGGUAUGCCCCAGCAUCGUCAUUGGAAGUUAUGGGCAUCGGCGUAUCAACACCCAUCGAGGCGGCACUGCAGGAGUGGAGAUCAUCGUGUCCAAGCGAAACCCCUAAGAAGUACUCCAACAUGAUUCGAGAUGUGUUGUGGGAUAUGGACAGCACACUGCGACGUGGAAUCCGCGGUGUGUUGGAUGUGGCGCGGCUCGCGCUGCAGACAUAA